GAAACGAAAGGGAGAAUUAUGAGAAGUCACUAUUUUAUGAAGUUCAAACGCCAACAACACCGUGUUCCGCAUGAUUAACUUGUCAGUUCAGCUCCUCACACGUAUCUACUGGUAAAGAGACUAGUUGUCAGUUAUGUCCAAGUCUACGAGGUUGGACUCGAAAGAAUACGAGUCCAAACAGCUGCCCAUCUAUCGGCACAAAGACGAACUGGUUCUGGCCGUCAAAGACAGCACUUUUCUGGCUGUCACCGGUGAGACCGGCUGCGGGAAAACCACGCAACUCCCGAAGUACCUUCAUCAAGCAGGCUUUUGCAAAAAUGGCAAAAUUGGCAUCACGCAACCCCGCCGGGUGGCUGCCAUCACGGUGGCCCAGAGGGUCGCCCAGGAGAUGCAGUGCACUCUGGGUAGAGAGGUGGGCUACCAAGUACGCUUCGAUGACUGCACGUCACAGAGCACCGUGGUGAAGUACAUGACGGACGGCUGUCUGCUCAGAGAGAUCCUCGCAGAUCCGGUGCUCUCUCAGUACAGCGUUGUGAUCUUGGAUGAAGUCCAUGAACGCAGCCUCAACACAGAUAUUCUCCUGGGUCUAUUGAAGAAAAUGUUCUCUGACUCCGCUAAGGCCAUCAAGGGCAGAUCUUUCCCUCUGAAGGUGGUGGUGAUGUCCGCCACCUUGGAAACGGAGAAACUUUCAGCCUUCCUCAGCGGCUGUCCCGUCUUUACUAUUCCUGGGAAGACUUUUCCUGUCACCUGCACAUUUGGUUUUGCUGUGGGACCCAAAGACAUAGAGAGCGCUGGCUAUUUAAAAGAGGUGGUCAAAGUGGCCCUCGAUGUGCACACCAGUGAGAUGGCUGGGGAUAUUCUUGUGUUUUUGACGGGUCAGGCAGAGAUUGAGCGUGCGUGUGACAUGUUGUAUGAAAAAGCUGAGUCCAUAGACUACCGUUAUGACGUGGAGGACCAAAUGGUGGAGGGCCUUCUUAUUUUGCCUUUUUAUGGAUCCAUGCCCACAGAUCAGCAGAGGCAGAUCUUUCAGCCUCCACCUUCAAGAAUACGGAAGUGUGUCGUGGCCACCAACAUUGCAGCAACGUCUCUCACCAUCAAUGGCAUAAAGUACAUCAUAGACAGCGGGUUUGUGAAGCAACUCAACCACAACUCAAGGGUGGGCAUGGAUAUCUUGGAGGUGGUGCCUAUUUCAAAGAGCGAGGGAGAGCAGAGAGCAGGCCGAGCGGGAAGAACCUCGGCUGGGAAAUGCUUUCGAAUCUACACCAAGGAAUUCUGGGAGAAGAGCAUGCCUGACUAUACAGUUCCGGAAAUCCAGAGGACAAGUCUGACCUCAGUGAUACUCACACUCAAGUGCCUGGGUGUUCAUGAUGUCAUCAGGUUCCCUUAUAUGGACUGUCCAGAGGAAAGGUUUAUUCUUGAGGCUUUAAAACAGCUCUACCAGUUUGAUGCCAUCGACAGGAGAGGAAGAGUGACCCGGCUGGGGAAGCUGAUGGUGGAGUUCCCGCUUCACCCGGGCCUUACCAGGGCCGUGCUCAAAGCCGCCUCGCUCGGCUGUGAGGACCUGCUGCUCCCCGUCGCCGCCAUGCUGUCUGUAGAGAACAUUUUCAUCCGGCCAGGCCACCCUGAGAAUCAGAAAGAGGCGGAUACCAUACACAGGGCGCUAGCGACCGGCAGCUUGAACGACUUUGCCACUCUCCUCUGUGUGUUUCAGUUAUGUAAAUCCAGCGACAGACCCUCAGCGUGGUGUAAGGAUCAUUGGAUCCACUGGAGGGCGCUGAAGUCGGCCUUUAGUGUGGAGACACAGUUGCGAGAGAUCCUCCUCCGCCUCCAACAGAAAAGAGAUUUCCCCGUCGACACAUUUGAUGGCGAUAAGAGUGAACUCUUCAGACGAUGUCUGUGCACAGGAUACUUCACCAAUGUUGCCAGAAGGUCUUUUGGAAAGGUGUUUUGCACAAUGGAUGGCCAUGGAUCCAUGGUUCACAUUCAUCCAUCCUCAUCGCUGUUCGACCAGGAAGGUAAGCUGAACUGGGUCAUCUUCCACGAUGUGCUGGUGACCUCGCGGGUGUAUGUCAGGACCGCGUGUCCUAUUCGAUACGAGUGGGUGAAGGACUUACUACCCAAACUACACGAGGUGGACGUCUAUGAGCUGAGCAGUGUGGCAAGAGAAGAAGUGACCGACGAGGAGAUGAUAAAGUGGGAGAACAAGGAAGCAGCCAAAAGACAACCAGAGGUUUCUACUGAGAAUGUCGUAAAAAAGCUGGAGAAGCGUAACAACGAGGCCGCUGUCGGCGAUGCUCGCGCCCGCUACAUGCAGCGAAAGCAACAAAGACAACUAAACAAAGCGUUUUGACCGAAAGCGCUUUGCUUUUCAAGAACGUAGUUAACGAAAUGCAUCACAAAGAAUCGACUGGAAACUACUUCUGCACAAUAAAUAUUUGUUACAUUUAUAAUGAAAAUAA